AAAUGAAACGACCUCAGUCCUCAUCUUUUCUCUCUAUUUUAGAUGAAAAAAAUCCAUUCAGUCUUUACCUUUACCAAAAUGGCACAACUCUUUCUACUUCACUUGUUCUAAAUUUUUAAUCAAGCAUUCACUCAUCACUUCACUAGUGAAAGCUAGAUCCUUGGAAACACUAUGAGUGACUUAAGAGAGAUCAUACUUUCUUGGUCUCUUCAAGACAUUUUCAACGAAGAUCUUUACAAAGACAAGGUGAAAUUUAUUGAUCGAUCAUUCAAGUCUGUUGAUCAUUAUUUCGGCUCCUAUGUGUAUCCAUUGCUGGAAGAAACUCGAGCACAACUGUGUUCGAGUAUGGAAAUCUUACAAAGUUCGCCUUUUGCUAAAGUAAUUUCCCUUAAGGUGGCACCUAGUAGGAAUGAGAUGCUUUGCAAUGUUAGAACUGACAGCUGGAGAAACAGGUUUUCUGGUCAUGGAAAAGAGAUGUACAAAACAUUGAUUGGGGAUGUUUUUAUUUUGGCCGAUUUUAUGCCCGAAGCGGUCAACGAUUUACAAAGGGUGGGAAAGAUGUGGACUUUUGUAGUGUCAGCUGGGGUUGUAGAGGAGGAGAUGAAGGAUGAUAAUGCUGAACUUAUGUCUUCUUUCAAGAUUCUUCCAUCUAAAGAUAUUGACCUGGAUGAAGUUGAGCAAAAGUCUAGCUUUAUAAUAUUUUUGACAAAUAUAACCCCCAAUAGAAGAAUAUGGAAAGCCCUUCACAUGCAGCGAAAUUCAAAGUUAAUCAAGAAAAUUUCAUGUGCUGGUGAUGUGGUUGAGGAAAGUUGUGAUUACUGCCAUCUGCAGACUGAUGCUUUGAGGGAUGACCCAACAUAUCAAAGGUUAUCAUCUGAUUUAAAUGAGUCCCAGUACAAGGCAAUUUCUGCUUGCCUUUCUUCUGCUCAAUGCAAUCAUCAGUCCACUGUGGAUCUUAUUUGGGGUCCCCCGGGAACCGGCAAAACCAAAACUCUGGGCACACUGCUUUUUGCCCUACUGAAGAUGAACUAUAGGACUCUUGUUUGUGCCCCAACUAAUGUUGCCAUUAAAGAAGUCGCAUCACGUGUCUUAAGCAUUGUGAGAUCAUCCGUUGAUGGAAAUUCUGAUGAUUUGUUCUUUCCAUUAGGAGACCUUCUUUUAUUUGGGAAUCAUGAGCGGCUCAAAGUUGGGGAGGAUAUUGAAGACAUUUAUUUGGACCAUCGUGUCAAGCAGCUUUCAAUGUGCUUUAGACCUCCAACUGGCUGGAGAUAUUGUUUUGGUUCGAUGAUUGAUCUUCUUGAAAAUUGUGUUUCCCAUUAUCAUAUAUUCAUUGAGAAUGAGUUGAUAAAGAAACAAGAGCAAACUGAUGAUAGUGAUACUAAUGUGACAAAAGACGAUAACCCAUCAGAUUGUAGUGAGAGCAUGUGCAAAUCUUUUCUUGAGUUUAUGAGAGAAAGGUUUCUUGAAUUAGCAUCACCACUCAGAACCUGUAUUUCUAUCUUAUGUACCCAUAUAGCCAAAAGUUAUAUUAGGGAACAUAAUUUUGAAGGUAUGGUCUGCCUUAUUCAGUCCCUAGAUUGCUUUGAAACUUUGUUGCUCCAAACUAAUGUUGUUUGCGAAGUUUUGGAAGAACUAUUUUCUCCUCCCCAAAGCCAGCAUAGUUCUUUUGAGUCUUCUGAGGGUGCUGAGUACUUAUUGAACAAGAAGAGAACUGAAUGUCUGUCUUUUUUAAUAACCCUGAAGCGUUCACUUGGUGAUCUUAACUGGCCAGAGUUUAUGCCAUCAAAGUUGCACUUAUUUGAAGAAUCAAUAAGAGUGUUCUGUUUUCAAACAUCCUCUUUAAUAUUUGCCACUGCUUCUAGUUCCUUCAAGUUGCACUUUGUUUCCAUGGAACCACUGAAUGUUUUGGUGGUUGAUGAAGCUGCCCAGUUGAAGGAAUGUGAAUCAAUCAUACCUUUACUACUUCGUGACAUAGACCAUGCCAUUCUGGUUGGAGAUGAACGCCAGCUACCAGCUAUGGUGGAAAGUAAUGUUUCAUUUGAAGUUGGUUUUGGAAGAAGCUUAUUUGAAAGGCUAAACUCAUUGUCCUAUCCAAAUCACUUUCUCAAUAUACAAUACCGGAUGCAUCCAGCAAUAAGUUCCUUUCCAAAUUCACACUUCUAUUUAAACCAAAUUCUUGAUGCUCCAAAUGUUAUUAGAAAGAACUAUAGGAAGAAAUAUCUCCCAGCACCAAUGUUUGGUCCAUAUUCCUUUAUUAACAUAGUUGGUGGCAGAGAAGAGUUUGAUGAUGCUGGACGAAGUCGGAAAAAUAUGGUUGAAGUGGCAGUUGCCAUGAAAAUAAUUAGGAAGUGUUUCAAAGUGUGGGUUGACUCAAAAGAGAAGCUCGGUAUAGGUGUAGUUUCUCCGUAUGCUGCCCAAGUUGCCGCUAUUCAGGAUGUACUUGGACAAAAGUAUGAUAGGUAUGAUGGAUUUGAUGUAAAGGUGAAAACGAUUGAUGGCUUUCAGGGUGGAGAACAGGACAUUAUUAUUUUAUCGACUGUGAGAACUAAUGGCAGCGCGUCACUUAAGUUCAUCUCCAGUCACCAGAGGACUAAUGUUGCUCUUACAAGAGCUAGGCACAGCUUGUGGAUUUUGGGAAAUGAAAGGACCCUAGUAAGUCAAGAAAAUGUCUGGAAAGAUUUGGUCCUUGAUGCAAAAAAACGUCAAUGUUUCUUUAAUGCUGAUGAAGACAAUGAUUUGGCAAAAGGCAUUUGGGACGCCAAGAAAGAGUUGGAUCAACUUGAUGAUUUGCUUAAUACAGAUAGUGUCCUUUUCAGAAAUUCCGUGUGGAAGGUUCUUUUCAGUGACAACUUCCUUAAAUCAUUUAAAAAGCUGAGGUCAGAGAAGAAAAAGAAGUCAGUCAUUGGCCUGCUACUUAAACUUUCUAGUGGUUGGAGACCAAAAAGGAUCAAAGUGGAUUUACUUUGUGGACCUUCAUCACAGAUAUUAAAACAAUUCAAAGUUGAAGGUCUCUUUAUUGUUUGUUCAAAGGACAUAGUAAAAGAAGCAAGGUACACUCAAGUCUUGAGGAUAUGGGAUAUCCUGCCUCCAGAGGAUAUCCCUAAAAUAGUGAAGCGUCUUGACAACAUCUUUGCAAGCUACAGUGACGAUUAUAUAAGACGCUGCAGUGAGCAAUUUUUUGAGGGGAAAAUUGAGUCCCCCAUGAGUUGGGAAGGAUCAAUAGAUGUCCUCAAAUUUAAGAAUAUUGAUAAUCAUGGAGAUGAAGCUGAGACGAGUGGUUGUGAUGAAAGAAUUUAUGUUGAGAAUUCAAAGGUUGAGGAGAGCUUGUUAUUGAUGAAAUUCUACUCCUUAUCACCAGUUGUCGUCAGCCACUUGCUUUCUGAUCGUAACAGCAAUGAGUUGGAUCUUCCAUUUGAAGUAUCAGAUGAAGAACGUGAGAUAAUUCUCUUUUCUAAAAGUACAUUUGUAUUGGGCCGCUCUGGUACUGGAAAAACAACUGUUUUGACCAUGAAGUUAUUUCAAAAGGAGAACUUGCACCAUAUGGCUCUUGAAGCAACCUAUGGAAUUAAGAGUGGUGCAUUUCCUUGUUUGAAUCAUGAUAAAGAGCAUGAAGAAAUCUCUAAUGAGAAUGACAGGCCUGUCUUACGCCAAUUAUUUGUAACAGUGAGCCCUAAACUAUGUCAAGCGGUCAAACAUCAUGUUGUUAGAUUGAAAAGAUCCAUAUGUGGUAGCAAUAUCUCCACUAAAAGUAGUCCUAUUGAGGAAGAUGUUGUUGAUGUUGAUACAUCAAUUCAGUUUAAGAAUAUACCAGAUUCUUUUACUAAUCUUCCAGCCAACUCAUACCCACUUGUGAUAACAUUUCAGAAGUUUCUGAUGAUGCUUGAUGGGACUGUGGGGAAUUCAUAUUUUGAAAGAUUUAGUGACAUAUUUUCUUAUAGUCAAAACAUGGGUGUAAAAUCUGUUGCUUUAGAAACCUUUAUAAGGAAGAAGCAGGUGACUUAUGACAGGUUUGAUUCAUUAUAUUGGCCUCAUUUCAAUUGCCAAUAUACUAAGACUCUAGAUCCAUCUCGAGUCUUCACUGAAAUCAUAUCUCAUAUAAAAGGGGGUAUGCAAGCAAUGGAGCAUGGUGAGGGUAGGCUAAGUCGGGAGAAUUAUCUUUCCUUAUCUGAAAAUCGAGCAUCAAGUUUGAGCAAACAGAAAAGAGAGGUGAUAUAUGAUAUUUAUCAAAGUUAUGAAAAAAUGAAGAUGGACAGAGGGGAUUUUGAUUUGGCUGAUAUUGUAGCUGAUCUUCAUCUUAGACUUAGAAUUAAAGGAUAUGAUGGCGAUGAGAUGCACUUUGUGUAUAUUGAUGAGGUGCAAGACCUAACCAUGAGUCAAAUUGCUUUGUUUAAAUAUGUUUGCCCAAAUGUGGAAGAGGGUUUUGUUUUUUGUGGGGAUACAGCACAAACAAUAGCAAGGGGAAUUGAUUUUAGGUUCCAGGAUAUAAAAUCUCUCUUUUACAAGAAGUUUGUUAUGGAAUCCAAGAGAAGAUCAUAUUAUCAGGGAAAGGAUAAAGGGCUAAUUUCAGAUAUUUUUUUAUUGAAUCAAAACUUUCGGACUCAUGCUGGAGUUUUGAAAUUGUCCCAGAGCAUCAUUGAGCUUCUUUUUCGGUUUUUUCCUCAUUCUAUUGAUGCUCUGAAGCCUGAGACCAGCUUGAUUUAUGGGGAAGCUCCAGUUGUUCUUGAAUGUGGAAAUAGUAAAAAUGCAAUAGUAACUAUUUUUGGCAAUAGUGGGCAAGGUGGGAAAAUUGUUGGCUUUGGAGCAGAGCAAGUAAUUUUGGUACGAGAUGAUUCAGCUCGGAAGGAAAUUUUAGACUAUGUAGGGAAACAAGCUCUUGUUCUAACCAUCUUAGAGUGCAAAGGUCUUGAGUUUCAGGAUGUGUUGCUGUACAACUUUUUUGGCUCUUCUUCAUCUUUGAAAAUCCGGUGGAGGGUGAUUUAUGAGUAUAUGAAUGAACAAAAUAUGCUGGAACCUGCAGAAUCAAAGUCUUAUCCAAGUUUCAUUGAUUCCAAAGACAAUAUUUUGUGUUCUGAACUGAAGCAACUUUAUGUUUCUAUAACUCGUACAAGACAAAGAUUGUGGAUAUGUGAGAAGACAGAGGAGUUCUCUAUUCCUAUGUUUCACUAUUGGAAAAAGAAGGGUCUUGUACAAUUCAAAGAACUGGAUGAUUCUCUUGCUCAGGCAAUGAAAGUUGCAAGCAGUCCAGAAGAAUGGAAGUCACGUGGCAAAAAGCUAUAUUAUCAAAAUAACUUUGAGAUGGCAACAAUGUGUUUUGAAAGAGCCGGAGACCCUUAUUGGGAGAAAAAAUCUAAAGCUGCUGGUCUUAGGGCAACUGCAAACCGUUUGCAUGAUAUUAAUCCUGAGGAUGCAAAUGCAAUCCUUAGAGAAGCUGCUGAAAUUUUUGAAGCCAUUGGAAUGACGGAUUCUGCUGCCCAGUGUUUUUCUGAUUUAGGAAACUAUGAAAGAGCUGGGAAACUUUAUUUGCAAAAAUGUGAAGACCCUGAUUUGAAAAGAGCAGGGGAUUGCUUCUGUUUAGCUGGAUGUUAUGAAAUCGCAGCUGAAGUGUAUGCUAGAGGCAGUUUCUUCUCAGAUUGUUUGACUGUUUGUGCAAAAGGAAGAUUGUUUGACAUUGGCUUCUCUUACAUUCAACACUGGAAGCAAAAUGAAAAUGUUGACCAUAGUUUGGUUAAAACUCAUGAUCUGUACAUAAUAGAACAAAAUUUCCUGGAAAGUUGUGCUCGUAAUUAUUUUGGUCAUAAUGAUGUCAGAUCCAUGAUGAAAUUUGUUAGAGCUUUUCAUUCAAUGGAUUUGAAGCGUGACUUCUUACAAUCAUUGGAUUUACUGGAUCAGCUUCUUGUGGUAGAAGAGGAGUCAGGAAACUUUUCGGAGGCAGUUAACAUUGCUAUGAUGAUGGGUGAGGUUCUACGUGAGGCUGAUCUUCUUGGAAAAGCUGGUAGAUUCAAGGAAGCUUUUGAUCUUUUGCUUUACUAUGUACUUGCGAAUUCUCUUUGGUCUUCAGGAAGCCAAGGGUGGCCCUUAAAGCAAUUUGCACAGAAGGUUGAGCUUUUGGAAAGAGCAUUGUCAUUUGCAAAGGAAGAGUCAGGCAGCUUUUACGAGCUUGCAUCUACGGAAGUUGAAAUAUUAUCAAAUGAUCAUAGUCAGAUUUCUGGAAUAAUGAUUCAUUUGCAAUCUUCCCGCAUACAUGAGAGUAUCAGAGGUGAAAUAUUAUGUUUGUGGCAACUUUUGAAUUCUCAUUUUCAUCUGAACUCCUCUAAAUUUGUUUGGCGGGACUAUGUGAUUAAUGAUGCUGUUGAAGAAAUGAUUUUGGAGAAUCAACUUUCUGUGGAGACAUUGUUUUAUUGUUGGACAUGUUGGAAGGAUAACAUUGUUCAUAUAUUGGAAUGUCUUCCUAGUUUCAAAUCGCAGGACAUUGACCAGCAUAGCAGUUAUGGAAAAUUUGCAUUGAAUUAUAUGGGUGUUCGGAAGCUAACAUGUAAUCUAAAUGAGAUUUACUCUUUGCUUGUUCCUGAUGCUAAUUGGGUGAUAAAAUUGGGCGAUAGGUUUCUGAAGAAGAAUGGAAGGCUGGUUUCUGUUGAUAUUCAUUCUUUAGUUUCUUCUCUUCAGAGCUAUUGGAGUUCAGAACUGCUUUCUGUUGGCAUCACAGUUUUGCGCAACCUUGAGGCACUAUACAAGUUUUCAGUUAGUAAAGAUCUUUCUGAUUUUUGUCAGUUCCAGUCUUUAUUGCACAUCUAUGAAGUCUCGAAGUUUCUUCUUGGAUCCAAAUGUUUUAGCCACACCCAUGGUAACUUGAAGACAUUGGAGAAAUUUCGCAGACUCCCAAUUGACUGUUUACUUCGCUUCAUUGUUCCCCUAGACUGGAAGAAAUCACUGACAAGAGACUUUGUCUUUCUAAGGACAACUGAGGCUUGUAAGAAUUUGGUGAAAGAGGCCAUCUAUGAGAACAUUAGGCUGAAAGAUAGGCUAACGUAUGGUCAAAUUGGAAAGAUGGCUGUUAUGAUUCUUGGUACAGCUAAUCUGAUUAAUGAACUGUAUGUGGAAAUUAUGACCAUAUUUGAACAUAACUUACCCUGGAAAGAAUUCUUUCAGUGUUUGCAGUUGAGUUCAGCUCAAGAUAUUUCAAAAAGAAAUUAUUCAUUUGCAGAGCGGAAUUGUGCGAUUAGUCUUUAUGAAGCUUUGGAGUAUACUUACCAUCUGAAUUGGAUAAAGGAAAUUGAUUAUAUAUCUCCUAGUUGUUUUAUGUAUUUGGUUGAACGGCUUCUGCUCUUGGCAUCAUGCAGGAAGGGGUUAAACAUGUUUGCUACUAAGUCAUCUUUCAUUGAAUGGCUUAAUUACCAAGAUGAAAAUUCUCUUGCAAAUUUGAGUUUAACUCCGGGUAUGAUAUAUGUGCAUGAUUUUAUUGCGCAUGUCGUCCUUGAGUUAAUUUGUAAUAAUCAAAAUGGUACCGUAAAUUGGAUCAGGAAGUCGAACUUAGAUGUGAAGAGUUACUUACCAUUGUUUUUCCUGAGAUUGGUUGUAUUAAUGUGUUUGCUUCACCUCAACUUUGGGAGUUAUAUAGAACCACUUCGCAAUUUGUUGGGAAAAAGUCAUGUAACCUCUAAACUGCCGUUGGAAUUUUGUGAUGUUCUUAAGAAAGGAAGGAAUCACCUGGGUUUGAAAGUCUUUGCUGAGGCAUUUAAAGUGAUAGACAAUCCCUUGGUUAUUGUCAAGUUAGGGAAUAAUUCUUCUGAAAUUGUGUGUCCAGAUGCUGUGUUUGUAGAUUUAAUGGUAUGCCCGCAAAGAGAGCUUAUAUUGCAGAUGUUGUUUCCAAAUAGAGUCGACAGCACGGGUGGGGAAAAUGCAGCAGUUAUUGUUGAAUCUUCUGACUCACUGUCUAAGGAGUUUCCUUCAACAAACUGUUCCGGUCUUCCAAAUAAAGGUUGUGCUUCUGUUUCUAAUCAGAUAACGGACGGUGGGAUUAAAGAUGAAAUUAACAUAUCUAAGAAAGUUGUCGACUGCUUCUGGGGUCGUCUGGAAAACCUACUGGAUGCAAUUGAUAUGUUACGUGUUGAUGGGGUUAAAAUGGAAAAGGCUCUUAUUCGUCCAUUAUAUCUUAAGGAAUUGGUGGAUCAUUUCAUUAAAAUUUUGACUUCAAUGUGUGGAAGCUUGCCAGAAAUCCCUGUUUACCUUGAAAACAAAAAUGAAAUGGGGGAGGUAGUGAGCUUGCUUGAUGUAACUAAGCAACUUUGUUCAGCAUUAAAUGUAAGUGAUUCAAUGUUUGAGAUAGACAUUGUACUUGAACUCUCGAUGAAAAUCCUCGCAAGACGACAAAGAGUUGAGCCCAUUUUGAAUGAGCUGUUGUUGCGGAAGAAUGCGAAUGUUGAGGAUGAGCCUUCUCAAGCCAGCACUGCAGCAGGGAAUGAUGAGCUAUUGCAAAAUGUCUUGGAGGGAUCAAAAGAUAGCAUGUCCAAGAAUUCCCAAGGUGCUAGCAGCUCAGGACAUGGAAACAACAUGGAAAACAACAAAGGGAGGAAAAACAAAUCCAAGAAAAACAAGGGAAGGAAAAAGGGUAAGAAGUGAAUGUCUACGUAGUGCUUCUUAAAAACCUGUCAUGUUUUUUGUAUGUGCAGGUGUUGUUGUAACUUUGGGUUUAAAUUUCAUAAUGUCUGGUUUGGUCUGUUUUGCCUGGUUGUGAGCUCUAUUCUCUCCGGUAAAUGUACACUUUAAGGAUUUAUUAGUUUGAAAAUGAUGAUUCCUUUUUGCAAAA